CCCCCCAAAGCUGAGAUCCGCACGACACCUCUGAUGGGUGGGAACUGAGCUGAUUGCAUAAUGCUCCUCAACAUCUGACCAAUAACUGUUGACACUUACUGACCCUCUGCCUAUUUGCUGUUUGGAAGUUCGUCCUCAGUGCAGGUCAACAGAGUAAGAACAGCUUCAGUAUCAUGGCUGCCUUCCUCCAUCACUGCCCCUUCCUCAAGUCGGCUCCAAAGCCGGCUUUAAGGAGAACCGGAGCCGCCUUGCUGUCUCUUGCGAAUCACUGCCCCCUCAUCGCUCGUCAGAUCACCGUGAGCGGCCCGGGCUCUCUGGAAGCCAAGCUGAACGUCUCGGCCCCCACACCCCAGGAUCAACAGCUUCCCACAGCUGAACAAAGGAGGCUCUUUGCUCAAACUGCUACUCAGGUGGCUGUGUCCGUAUCAGAGGGCUGCCCUUUUGUCAGCUCCCAGAUUGGGAUGGUCCGAGCCAGCCCUGAAGUACAGGAGGAUGUCCAAGAAAGUGGUUUGAUGGCUUCUCUGAAAGGUGUAAAGGAUUCUGCGUGCCCAACAUCUGCUCAACCCAACACUGUUACCCACCUCCUCAAAGACAACAUGGCUGGCCCCAGCUAUGACUAUGAUCAGUUCUUCAUGGAGAAGAUUGCUGUGAAAAAGAAGGACCACACAUACAGAGUCUUCAAGACAGUGAACAGGAGUGCUGAGGUCUUCCCGUUUGCUGAGGAUUACUCCAUUUCUGGACGGGAAGGCUCCCAGGUGUCCGUCUGGUGCAGCAACGACUAUCUAGGAAUGAGUCGGCACCCACGGGUCCUCGGCGCCCUCAGAGACGCUCUGGACAAGCAUGGUGCAGGAGCUGGUGGGACGAGAAACAUUUCAGGCACCAGCAACUUCCAUGUGUCUCUGGAGAAGGAGCUUGCCGAGCUACACCAGAAAGAUGCAGCGUUGGUUUUCUCCUCCUGCUUUGUGGCAAAUGACUCCACCCUCUUCACUCUGGCUAAGAUGCUGCCAGGGUGCGAGAUCUACUCUGACGCUGGGAACCACGCAUCCAUGAUUCAGGGCAUCAGGAACAGCGGAGCCAAGCGUUUCAUCUUCCGCCACAAUGACAGUCGACACCUGGAGGAACUGCUCCAACGCUCAGAUCCCACGACACCAAAAAUAGUGGCGUUUGAGACUGUGCACUCAAUGGACGGUGCCAUAUGUCCUCUGGAAGAGCUGUGCGAUGUAGCCCAUCGUUACGGAGCGCUGACAUUUGUUGAUGAGGUUCAUGCCGUGGGCCUGUACGGAGCCCACGGAGCUGGAGUGGGCGAGAGAGACAACAUUAUGCACAAGAUUGACAUUGUUUCUGGGACCUUAGGUAAAGCCUUUGGCUGUGUGGGAGGCUACAUCGCCAGCAGCGCUGCCCUGGUGGACACAGUGCGCUCCUACGCAGCCGGCUUCAUCUUCACAACGGCCCUUCCCCCGAUGGUCCUGGCUGGAGCGCUGGAGUCUGUGCGGGUCUUGAAGAGUAAAGAGGGGCAGGCGCUCCGCAGAGCCCACCAGAGGAAUGUCAAACACAUGAGGCAGCUGCUCAUGGAUAAAGGCCUACCCGUGGUCAACUGCCCCAGCCACAUCAUCCCCAUUCGGGUGGGCAACGCUGAGCUGAACACCAAGGUGUGUGACAUCCUUCUGGAGAGGCACAACAUCUACGUACAGGCCAUCAAUUACCCCACGGUGCCUCGUGGUGAGGAGCUGCUGAGACUGGCUCCAUCUCCUCAUCACAACCCCAAAAUGAUGGAGUACUUUGUGGGGAAACUGGUGGAUGUUUGGCAGGAAGCAGGUCUUCUGCUCAAUGGCCCGGCGACCGCUUCCUGCACCUUCUGUGACCGCCCACUGCACUUUGACCUCAUGAGUGAGUGGGAGAAGUCCUACUUUGGCAAUAUGGAACCACAAUACAUUACUGUGUAUGCAUAAUACACACAGUGAAUGUUUCAUCUCAGCUACAUGAGCAGUGCAUAAAUCUAAUGCUAUAUACACCAUACAAUGCAAAAAGUCCUAGAGUAGAGGCACAGUGAAAAGUACAGUACUUUUGUUUUGACAUUAUGUUUAAUUAUUCUCCAAUGGCAGCAGUGUGAACUAAAUUUCAGUAUUUAUAGUCACAUGUACUUCUGCGUGUUAAAUUGUGUUUGCCACCAUGGAUAUGAUUAAAGAUUUGCCUUCAUUUGAAAAGCAUAAAA